UGCCGCGUAUAUAAGACCAGGGAUCGACGGCAAUCAGCAUCCAGUUCACUCCUGGACGCACCCGGAACAUCGCGAGAGCAAAAAUGAGAAUCCUGGUCUACGUGGCAGUUGCUGCCCUCGUGGUUGCGACAGUACUGUCGGAGGAGACCGCGAAAGUCGAGAAAUCGGUAAAGUCCGAGAAGAAACAAGAGAAGCGUGGUCUUCUAGGUCUUGGUUACGGUUACGGUUAUGAUGGCGGAUACGACAUUGGAUCUGGUGGACACGUCGGCCUUGAUGUAGGCGGUGGAUAUGGCGGAUACGGAGGAGACUUUGGCGGAGGAUAUAUUGACGGUGGUCAUCAUGAGCAUCAUGUUAAGACCGUGACCCUUGUGAAGAACGUCGCCGUGCCCUAUCCAGUGGAGAAGCACGUGCCUUAUCCGGUUGAGAAGCCCGUACCGGUCCCCGUCAAAGUGCCUGUACCACAACCGUACCCAGUUGAGAAGCACGUGCCUUAUCCGGUCAAGGUCCUCGUGAAGGUGCCCGUGCAUGUGCCCCAGCCGUACCCAGUAGAGAAGAAGGUUCCCUAUCCGGUGCACGUACCAGUCGACCGUCCCGUCCCGGUCAAGGUUUACGUACCACAGCCUUAUCCAGUUGAAAAGCACAUUCAUGUUCCGGUAAAAGUAGCAGUGCCGCAACCGUACCCUGUCGAGAAGCCAGUACCGGUACCGGUGAAAGUUCCAGUUCACAUACCCCAACCCUACCCAGUUGAGAAGCUCGUACCCUAUCCCGUGAAAGUUCCAGUUGAUCGUCCCAUCCAUGUACCUGUACCCAAGCCCUAUCCCGUACACAUUGAGAAGCACGUGCCUUACCCAGUCGAGAAGCCAGUACCCUACCCCGUGAAAGUUCCAGUUGACAGGCCAGUGCCCUACCCCGUGCAUAUCGAGAAGCCCGUGCCCGUCCACGUUAAAGUACCGGUACCGGCGCCGUAUCCAGUAGAGAGGCCAGUACCUUACCCGGUCGAAAAACCCGUGCCAGUAGCAGUCAAGAUUCCAGUCGACAGGCCGUACCCCGUUCACGUCGAGAAGCCUGUGCCUUACGCCGUGGAGAAGCCUGUACCUUACCCAGUUAAAGUACCGGUGGCUGUGCCCGUCCAUCACGAGCACCAUGGACAUGGCGGCUAUUACGCUGGUGGAUACGAGGGUGGAUACGGAGGUGGUGAUUUAGGCUACGGUCACCACUAAUAUCGUCACCUCCCAGCUGGUUUUCCGUUAUCGUCGUGCAAAAGAUUUCAUUUUGCGACGAUGACGGAUAGCCGAUGAGGAUUGUCUUAGGUUACGAAUGUUACCGAUCCGAAACGUUGCCGUGCAGUGCAGCGAUAUCUGCCACUUUGUACCUGGAUCGGAAUCGGGGACGAUCUCUGGUAGACGAUCGCGUACCGGACCAUCGUAUCUUCGAAUCCGAUCGCAACGAGGACGCGGCACGGCGACGUGUGCCAGUUAGGAAGAACGAAUGACCAGUAGGGAUGUACUCGUCUUUAGCGAUCUUCGCUCGAGAGCAACUUGCUUGUCUUACUUUUGUACCGAUAUUAGCAAAGUAUAUGUAUUUUUUUACGGAAACGAAAUAAAUAUUAAUGUAAA